AUGGCCAACCCUAAUAACAUUGUCUGUCAGUUUACGGAAGACGCAUUUGCUGCUGAAGAUCAGAUCUGCAAGUGCCCAUCUUGUCGUGCCCAGAUCAACAAAGGACAACCCUGCUUUUAUGUGGCUACAAUCAAACCCAGCAAACCAGGGUGCAAUGUAUGUGCAGCCUGCUAUACACGGUAUGAGAAGAAGUCUGUAACAUCAAAGAGACCCACUGCGUCACAAUAUCCUUCAUCUGAUGCAGCAAGUUAUCACCGACCUGAUCCUCAGACAAUUCGGCAGUCAGUUAAUGCUGCCCAAAGGAAAUUGAGCAUCAAUCCACCUCCUGUCAUUGCGGUGCCUGACUGGACAAAUGCUGCCAUGGGUCCUCCGCCUGUCCCUCGUCACCGUGCAAUCACCGGCCCUGAUGUGGCCAUUCCUACAUCUUGGCAGGGGUCAGCCGCAUCUCCAAUACCAUCGAGACUCACUGGUCUGAUUGGAUAUUCAUCGCACCAUGGAUCAUAUGCCGCAGAACGUCUGAGAUGGGUCAAAUCUGCGUAUGCUACUCCCAGCUCUAUAGCUGAAACCAUUGCCCUUGAGAUUUUGGCCGUCCACAAAGCGGGGGGGGGGGGGGGGGGUAAUAUUUGUGAGGGCAAGAAAGACAUUGACGCCCACAUUGAUGCCCCAGGUCUGAUCAACCUGGCUCUGGAAACAGUUGGGCCUAAGCUACAAGCAUUUGGUGGCCUCUUCUCAUGGAUGGGUGGAUCUCUCAACAUACCAGCCAUUGAUCCCGUACUUCUACUUGCAGUGUCUUCAGCCAGCUCGCAAAGGCUCCAAGGCACCAACAUUCAAGACGAAGCAAUUUACCCUCUGUCAUGA